ACUAACAUAAUUUCGUCGAUGUGGUUUAGCCGUUCAAGCUCUGAACAAUCUCCAGCUGCAACAAGGCAGGACCGCCAGAAAUGCUGGGAAAGUCGUGACCAAUACUUUGAAUGCCUGGAUGGCGCUGGUGUUCUAACUGCUGGAGAAGAAGGGACAGCAUGCACCAAAUCAAAGUUUCAGUACGAAAAGAGCUGUGCCAAAAGCUGGAUUGAUUAUUUUAACAAAAGGAGGGUUCUCGCUGAGAAACAAAAGGAUAUGCUUGCACAGUCUCAGCUCCAAUCACAGGAAGCCAAGCGCAAACUAUAGUUCUGCUUGCCACCACCACCCCGGCCUGACUCAUCCACCCCCGAAUUUCGCAAGCUGUGAUACCAUUCAACUAUUAUAAAGAGUGGCGUUCUUGAUAUCGGUUGUUUCAUCAUGUGCUCACUUUCUCAUGAAGUAACUAUCCUUAUGCCGCAUCCUCCGAACUGUUCCUGUGCUAUAUAAAGGGCAUCACCCGCCAAGUGUGGCUAACGCAGUGUUGAUUUUGAUUCUCGCAUCCGAG